GCGGCUCACGGGAGGCCUACAUGGAGAGGCUUACACAAUGUACGUUAUAAUUGCCAUCUUGGUCGCGGCAGGAAUAUUGUCUUGGAGUUCUGCAGACAACCCGUGUGUCGGGGACAGACUGGGAAACUAUUGGUUCGGACCUUCCUGCAGGUUCCAGUGCCACUGUUACGACAGAAGGCAAUGUGACUCCACAACAGGAAGCUGCUCUUCCUUGGGAUGUGAGACGGGAUACUUUGGUCCCGGCUGCCAGUACUUCUCCAUUGCCUACGAACAACCAACAACACAAUCCAGUACUUCGUCGAGGUCAUCCUCUGCUGUAGACGGUUUCACCUCCACCUACUCGUACACACGAUCCACCCUGGACCCAACAUGGAGCGUGGAGUUACAACACCCUGCCUGGAUAGUCUGGGUGGACGUCAAUGUGCCAGCGAAUUACGGUAGUGGACAAGACUGGAAACUAUUGGUUCGGAUAGCCUGCAGGUUCCAGUGCCACUUAUUGCGACCAGAAGGCAAUGCGAGUCCACAACAGGAGAAGCUGCUCUUCUAUGGGAUGUAG